UUAUUUUUUAAUACAAUGUUUAUAAAUUAGGUGGUGGUAGAACACGAGUGAUGAUCAAUCCGUCUACAACCACCAUAACAUCAGAAAGUUCAUCAGAAACCACAACAGUAACAUCCAGAUCAGGAUUGACCUCAGUGGGCUUGGGCGGUGUUGUUUUUAAACCUCCUGGUUAUGUGCCACCUCUGACCACGCCUGAACCAGUCACAGUUAGCACACCAACCAGUCCUGUUGCACCUAUAUCAGCCGAUUUUAGUCUGUCAACGACAUCAGUAGAUGGAAAUCUAAUAUCAGUGUUAAAUGAGAAGGUGAAACAAUUGGAGUCCACCGUUCAACUACAAAAUAGUUUACUUGACAAAUUGUCGACAAAGUUGGAAGUGGAAAUGGAAAAGCGUAUAGAGAUCGAGAAAGAAAUGAAAAAGAUUAUGGAACUCGUAACAAGAGUUUGACUUAGACAACAGUAUUUCCGUAUAAAUUAAUAGUUAAAAUAAUGAAAAGAUAAUCAAACACGUACUUAAGACCAUUACCAAUUUGUUGCUUUUAGUUUGUUUAUUUCACGAGUAGCCAUGCAUUGAAUAUCAUGAUUACGUUAAUUGUAGGUACAUUUUUAAUCAAUUAGUAUCGGUAUUAAAAAUGUAUUCAAAAAGUCAACGCCAGAACUCUAAUCUCAAUUCUGUGUUCUGUGUCUUCUGGAAAAUUAGUAUUGAUUAUCAUCUUUUGGGGUUACCUAUAUGCAUAUCCUUUGCACAUUUAUUUUUUAUUCUUCUAGUCUUUAGAGUCUAAUAGUUCAUCAUCUUCAUUAAUAUUUUUAAUUAAGUAUUAUUAUAAUUAUUAUUGUAUUCUAAUCAUUCCUUGAAUUUUUUAGUUAAUUUUGAUAAACUAAAUGUGAUAAAAAGUGGCAUUUCUGACAGAAAAUUAUUGAUUCAGUUUUCACGCUAUUACCUCUUACUUCUUAGUACUCAAUAAAAACAAAAUUCUAAAUCUCAUUGGAUAAUCAAUACAAUUUGUAUUCUAUUAUAAUAUCUUAAAAGUAACAUAUAAAGAUAAGUUACUACUUCGACUGUAUCCUGCCACCUGAAUUUAUUUAUUAAAUACAUUUUACAGUGAUUUUUUUACCUACUUUUUUAACAUUCCUUAGAGUUACACACGUUAUUAUUCAUUAUAUCUAAAAAAAAUGUACUUACUCAGAAUUGUUUUUAGUAAUAGUGUACAAUUAGUGUGUUCUGUUAAGUUUCGUUAUGUAUAUUUAGACUGCCAGGAACUAUGGCGUCUAUGGUGUUUGAAAAUCGAUUUAUGGAAAAAUUAAUGUUGAUAAUCGGAUGUUCAGUUGUAAUUUUAUUAAGUGGUUUGCAAAUCGAUAUCCAUUUAUUUACUCUAUUAUAAUAUAAAUUAUAUUUUUAUAUGUUUAUUAAUUAAUUCCCUAGUCCAAUUUUUAUACCGCUAAAUGUUUAAUGUGCUAAAAAAUUAAUUUUUUUAUUUUACACGCAAAUUAUUCAGUCAUGGCUAAACCGUUUACUACCAUUAUUAUGUUAGCCUCUAAUUUUCUAUUUUAUAUGAAUUGUAUUGAUUUUAUAAUAAUUUUAAUAGUUUUUAUUUUAUACUAAUUUAUUUUUAGAAAAUAUUUAGUUUAAUUCUUGUUCAUCGAAUUGUGUACAUAGUAUAAUGUAUUUGAUAGUAUUAAAAUAAAAAAAUUAUGUGCUUAAAAAAUAGGCAAACGACUGAUUUUGCACACAAUAUGCUCUACAUGGCAUCAUGUCAUGUGUUACGAAAUUAAACAUAUUACUCCUCCCCCUCUCCCCCCUAAACGACUGUCCCACAAACGACCAGUAAUAUUUAUUUAGUUAAUUUUUAUAAUGCAUACCUAUAUUUUCAUAAAUAAAAUCUUGUAAUGGCGAUUAUUCAGACAAAUAAUUACAAACAUUUUGUAAAAAUUAUUUUUCAGAAAUGUGAAAUGUCUAUUUAAGCCAAUAAUAAUGUUAUACGAUGAUUUACCAUUGAUUAUUAUAAAUAUUUUUAUCA